ACGCUGCAAAGCCGCACCCGUGUUAUGUGGUAGCAGCGGUGUGAGCUGCAGAGUGAGGGGGCGGCCGGUAGGGGGCGUUGCGGAGCGGGGGUGUGUGUGAGAUCGACAGAGAGGGAGCUACACACAUACAGAGGAAGCGGCCGCUGAGGACCGGAGCCGGGUGUCCGGUGACAGCACAGGGAGGAGGAGCCGGGGAGGUGUCUGUGCUCGCAGCCCCAUCGCAGGGGGAGAGGCGCCGACAUAUUACUUGGCCGGAGAGGGAGGGGAGAGGCUGAUACACACAUUACACAGAGGGGCCUGAGCGUCUUCUCCGGGGACACGGAUCUCCGCUCGAGGGUCCAUCUGGAACGCAAUUCCUAGGGGACAAUUCAAUAGUUUGCUGUUUGGACGCCUGUUAGCCACAGAGGACACUUUUUUUUUUUUUUCUGAGGAGCAAGAAAAAAAUGUGUGUAAACUCUGCAUUUUGGUGUUUGGACGCCCAAAGCAGGACAUCACGCGGGUUAAACCCGGUGCUAUCAGCCGCAUAAUAUGCUAAUUGGCGUCUAGAAGGAAGGUUAUCCAGCGCUCAUGUAGGACUGGAUAAGGUUGUGCUAUGAAUGGGGAUGCGGAUGCAGGGGUGGUGACCUCACCACCUCCAACAAAUGCUCCACACAAGGAGAAGUAUUUUGACCGGGUGGAUGAGAAUAAUCCAGAGUACCUGAGAGAACGAAACAUGGCUCCAGACCUCCGCCAAGACUUUAACAUGAUGGAGCAGAAGAAGAGGGUUUCCAUGAUCCUUCAGAGUCCAGCCUUUUGUGAUGAAUUGGAAACCAUGAUACAAGAUCAACUUAAGAAAGGAAAAAACCCCACUGGAUUAUUGGCGCUACAGCAAAUAGCAGAUUUCAUGACCACAAGUGCACCGAGUGUUUACCCCUCAGCCCCACAAGGUGGAAUGGCAGCACUGAACCUAAGCUUGGGAAUGGUAACUCCUGUGAAUGAUCUUAGAGGAUCCGACUCUAUUGCUUAUGAAAAGGGAGAGAAAUUGCUCCGAUGUAAACUAGCAGCAUUUUAUCGAUUAGCAGAUCUGUUCGGUUGGUCGCAGUUAAUCUACAAUCACAUUACAGUCAGAGUGAGUUCAGAGCAGGAGCACUUCCUGAUCGUCCCCUUUGGGCUCCUUUACAGCGAAGUUACAGCCUCCAGCCUGGUUAAAAUCAAUCUGCAAGGUGACAUAAUUGACCGUGGCAGCACAAAUCUGGGAGUGAAUAAAGCUGGGUUCACAUUGCAUUCUGCCAUUUAUGCUGCACGUCCUGAUGUGAAAUGCAUUGUCCAUAUACAUACCCCUGCUGGAGCUGCAGUUUCUGCUAUGAAAUGUGGCUUGCUGCCUCUGUCUCCAGAAGCCCUGUGUUUAGGAGAGGUGACUUACCACGACUAUCAUGGCAUUCUAGUUGAUGAAGAGGAGAAAGUAUUAAUACAGAAAAACCUGGGUCCUAGAAGCCGAGUACUUAUCCUCCGAAAUCACGGCCUGGUUACUAUGGGAGAGACUGUUGAAGAGGCUUUUUAUUAUAUACACAACCUUGUAUCUGCGUGUGAGAUUCAGGUACGCACCCUGGCCAGUGCUGGGGGUCCAGACAACUUGGUACUUCUAGACCCUGGAAAAUACAAGAAGUCCCGUACACCUGAGUCACCCUCUGGAGAAGCUGUUACUCACCCAAAGUGGCUCAUCGGGGAGCAGGAGUUUGAAGCCCUGAUGCGAAUGCUGGAGAACCUGGGAUACAGAACCGGUUACCCCUAUCGAUGUCCUGCACUGCGAGACAAGGGCAAAAAGUACAGUGACGUAGAGAUCCCUGCCAGUGUCACUGGCUACUCCUUUGGCAGUGACGGUGACUCGGGCACGUGUUCCCCUCUCAGGCACAGUUUUCAGAAACAGCAGCGUGAGAAGACUAAGUGGCUGAACUCUGGUAGAGCAGAUGAGGCCCCAGAUGAAGGGCAGAACGGAGGCAGUCCCAAGUCGAAGACUAAGGUGUGGACGAACAUUACACACGAUCACGUGAAACCCUUGCUGCAGUCUCUCUCGUCCGGUGUCUGCGUGCCAAGCUGUAUAACCAACUGCUUGUGGACUAAAGAGGAUGGACUUAGAACUGCCACCUCUGCUGUCCCUAACCUGUUUGUUCCAUUGAACACAAACCCCAAGGAAGUACAAGAAAUGAGGAACAAGAUAAGAGAACAGAAUUUACAAGACAUUAAAACCGCUGGUCCUCAGUCCCAGCUUCUGUGUGGGGUCGUGGUUGACAGGAGCACGGUGCAGAGACUGUCUGUGUAUAAGGAUGCGCCUCUUUCAGACUGUUCGGAAACUAUUGAUGGGUUCGAUCUGUCAGAGCAGGCCUUUAGUCCAGCUAGAACCUACUCAGUUAGAAAGGGAGAGCUAAUUACAGCUUCAAAAGCCAUUAUUGAGAAAGAGUACCAGCCACGAGUCAUAGUGAGCACUGCCGGCCCGAACCCCUUCAACAAACUGACGGACAGAGAGCUGGACGAGUAUCGAAAGGAAGUGGAGCGCAAGCAGAGGGAUGUUGAAGAGGGUCAGAUUUCUUCUACGGAUAUUCCUGCAACCUCGGCCAGAGAGCAAGAUCAAUCCGGCUGUGUUCAGGCUCUCCUCCCAGCGGAGGUGUUGGAUGAAAAUACCAUGGUUUGCCUGGAAAGUGACCUAUUGGUAAACAAGUUACCGGCCAUAGCGGUGUCUGUUCCAGUGUUGGAGGUUGAAAGAGUGGAUAAGUUUAUGGGAAAGCCAAAUAAACCGAAGGUUCCUCACAGAGUGUUUCCCACUGCUGUCAUCCGAGCACCUAAUACCAACUCGGAUCUCUUGCCUAGUAAUUCAGAACAUGCAGAAGAGCCUGCAGAACAGAAGGACUCUCCUCCAGACCAUUCCUUAACCCGCACACCUCCCAGCACACCCAUCAAACUGGAAGAAUCCCAGCAGGAGCAGACUUACAAAGAUGACAGUGAUGCUGCAACCUUCAAGCAGACUCUUCCCGAUCUUACCCCAGAUGAGCCAUCCGAAGCCCUCUGCUUCCCAGCCUCUGCUAAACCAAAUGGAGAAGAGCAGGCUUCCGGUGAUGCCGAGGUGCCAGAGGCCCACGCAGAAACCUCUCAUGAAGAAAACAAAGAACUUGAACCUCAGAACAUUGAGUCUCCUCCGGCCACACCAGCAGCUGAGGAUGGCGGGCAUGCAGAGGCGGCGCAGCCGGAUACUGCACAGGCAGACGCUGGCAGUGACGAGUCUCCUGGAAAAUCCCCUUCCAAAAAGAAGAAGAAAUUCCGCACUCCUUCCUUCCUGAAGAAGAACAAAAAGAAGAGCGAGUCGUAAAGACCCUGCAGGAACACUGUCAUGUUUCUAGAAGUCAGUUCAUUAACCACUAGAAUGUACACAAUCGUAUUGUUUUGUCUUUUCAUUAUAUAAAGGAAUGCAAGAAAACACAAUAGCUGAACCCGCUAGUCGUAGCUUGAUUGUGAAAGGUUAAACCAGGAAAUGUAAGGUGCUAACCUGUGCGUCCAGCAGCUAACUACAAAGGAACCGUUCACCUGCGACUUGUAGCUGUUCAGAAAACAGUAUGUCCAUUCUCACUUGCUCUCUAUUUUUAGCUUGUACAGCCAGGUUGCUUAGUGCUCCCCACAUUGCCCACGCAGGCCACUUCCCUCAGCACGGCUCUUGUAUAUAGCAAGCCCCCCCCCCUGUUACUGCCCUGAGGAUGGCACACCAAUGUCACAGAACCCAGUGCUUUCCCUUAGUUACAUGAUCUGCUUAUCUUGUGUCACCCGCAGGCUCCCUGUCGCCCCCAUCUGGCUGCCUCACCAGCUAUCCUUUCCUAGUUAGCCUGCGCACAUUAAUGAGUGCAUUCAUGGAGAUCACUCGGAUCUAGCUCCUUAACCUAAGCAAAUAAUGGCUCGUUGCUAGCAUAAUUGUGUUUUGUUUGUUUUUUUAUCAGUAGGGACUGCUGCUGCCUUAAUGACAUGGAAUGAACGCCCAGGCCACACUUUUCCUAUACAUCUCUCUGUAGCCUUCUCAUUCCUUUACUUAUUACAAGGAUCUGGUCAUGAACUUAGUAGAAGGUGCAUUCACCUCACAAAACAUUGUACGUCCUGUGUAACUGGAUUCCAUCUACUUUCUUUUUGGCAACUGCUACUUUCCUGUCAGUCAUCACUGUCCACCUUGCUGUGACUUUUAGGUUAAUUUUCUGUGUCGUUGUUGUUUCAACUGGAAUUACAAUUUCACUGUAUGUUUGGAAUGUGAAUUAAUUGCUUGAAAAACUCGACCGUUAUUCUCACUGCCUGUCCUGUGACCGCCCUGUCACCCCUCAGAGACCCUCCUGCGGAGUACACCUACAGGACAGUGGUUAUUGUCACUGCCUGUCCUGUGACCGCCCUGACACCCCUCAGAGACCCUCCUGCGGAGUACACCUACAGGACAGUGGUUAUUGUCACUGCCUGUCCUGUGACCGUCCUGACACCCCUCAGAGACCCUCCUGCGGAGUACACCUACAGGACAGUGGUUAUUGUCACUGCCUGUCCUGUGACUGUCCUGACACCCCUCAGAGACCCUCCUGCGGAGUACACCUACAGGACAGUGGUUAUUGUCACUGCCUGUCCUGUGACCGCCCUGACACCCCUCAGAGACCCUCCUGCGGAGUACACCUACAGGACAGUGGUUAUUGUCACUGCCUAUCCUUGACCGCUCCCUGACACCCCUCAGAGACCCUCCUGCGGAGUACACCUACAGGACAGUGGUUAUUGUCACUGCCUGUCCUGUGACCGCCCUGACACCCCUCAGAGACCCUCCUGCGGAGUACACCUACAGGACAGUGGUUAUUGUCACUGCCUAUCCUUGACCGCCCCCUGACACCCCUCAGAGACCCUCCUGCAGAGUACAACCAACAAGUGCUACAGUACACACUCCUUACUGCAGCACAAACCAGGUAGGCAUAGACUAUGUUCAUUCAUGUAGGAAUAAGACCGCUAGAGUAGGAAGAUUUCUGCAGGGGGUCUCAUCAACCAAAAUCUGAAUGCACCUUCAUUGUGAAUGCACCUCCAUUGUGACAUUUCCCCACUCUCCUGAUGUCUGCAUUGCUAACCAUUGUGAUGGCUACUCUCACUUUUGUGUUGGCCGCAGGUACACUGUAAUAAAUUGGUAUAUACUGUUUCAUCUUCAGAAAUUGAUUGUAGUACAGUCAGUGUAACUUGUUUUCUAGGUGCCAUUUUAAAUUUUAUAUAUAUAUAUAUAUAUAUAUAUAUAUAUAUAUAUAUAUAUAUAUAUAUAUAUAUAAAAAAAUUUUUUUUUUUUUUUUUUACCAUUUUCUGGUUUUGAAUAGCCUGGAAUGUCUUGUGCAAUGAAGGAGAAAUUUCCUUGGUAGCCUAACGGUAAAACGAUAUCCGAUCUUGCCCUAGUCUCAAACCUUGCGUCUUCCAUGUUAGACAGCAUCCUACAAUUCCUUCUGGUCAUUUCUAACCUUUUGCCCAAAAGACUUUGCUUGAAAUUAACUGUGAAUUAAAUAAAUAGUAUUACAGGUAUCAUUUAAUGUUGUGACCGUGUAAUCAAGGAAUGCACUGAUUGUUUUAGUAUGCAAGCAACCCCUAUGCUAUGUAUAAAUUAUCAGUUAAUACUAGCAUUGUACGUGGGAAAACAAUUGCGGUUACAGUCGGUUGACAGUGAAUUACGGACCUUAUUGUAACGCUAUAUAUAUUGGUAGAUGCUCAAUUAGCUUAGUGAUAUCAUUCAGGUGCUCGAAAGGGAGGGGUAUUUCUAAGCAAGAAAAAAAGGCAUUUGUUUCCCCCAGCACCCUGAAUGAUAACAGUAACCAGAUAUAAAUUCCACAUAAUAAUAGAAUUCAGAGAUCUUCGUUACACAUAUUUGCGCAAAUGUGUGAAUAAGCCCCAAAGACACAUCAAGGCAUCUCUGUAUAUUUGAGGUCAAAUUGUAACGCUACCUGAUUUGGGGAGGAAAAAAAAUGGUAUUAAACAUUUUCCCUCAAAACACAAUAAUAUUAGCAUCUUACUGGCUAACCCAUAACAGGCGUCAUUUCCUCCUGCAUGAUACUGGUCAGUUGAAUAUAACAUGAAGGAUACUGGACAUUAAUAAAACAAAGAUGAUUACCAGAACCACUGCUUAGUAAAUUACUUUUUUUACAGCGAUUGUGAGAAUGCAAAAUAUUAAUAAAACCUUGUUUUAUUUAUAUAGGGUUUUCUUUGUCACUUUGAAAUAUUUUUAUGAACUGGCAACAGUUUUUGUUUGUCUCUGUCUCCCGCUACUGUAAGCGAUGUUUUUGUAGUAAAAGACAAAUGUAUAUCCUUACUAGGGGGCAUCUUCACAUGUCCUUCGUUUUAGUAAUUUUUUUGAUAUUCUACUUAGAACAUUAUUAGUUAUCCCAUAUUACUCACAUGGCAGGUCCUCCUAUUAACUACUAAAAAAGCCCAUUAUAUUUGUGUUGAGUAGUUGCCGGUUGGUUCUAGAGUGUGCAACUCAUUUUGGCUGACAAAUAUUUUUUCUUUCUUUCUUUCUUUUUUUUUUUUUUCUCUUUUCCAAUGAUUUUAAUUCCAGGUCUUUGUUUUAGUAUGGUAAUGUAUUGAUACACAUUUCAAAAGGUCAUGUAUUUUAUUUCACUCUUUCCUCGUAAUGUUAUUUUACUCACAAAUAAAAUUGGUUAAACUGCACAGCUGA